GGAAGUGAAUCCUUCGCGUAAUGCUUGUAUGGGAAUGUAUAGAUGACUUCAAAUAUGACCUGUGAUCCUCCAUCUUCGAUUUUUUUUCAAUCCCUCCAGACAAUUUCUUCGCAGUACAUAAACUUCUCUUUCUCUAUCAAUCGCUCGUUGAUAUUUCUUCUAUAACUUUACGUACAACUUUUAAUACAACCUCCACAUCACAACUCUCCCAUUACCACCAUGCCUACCGCAUACAAGAACUCUUUCUGGGCUUGCUGCUCCCCAUUCGAUCUUUGCAUCAAAACAUGCUGCUGCCCUUGUUUCGUCUCCGGUCGCAACCAUCACCGUAUUGAACACGGGAAUGAUGAUGAUUAUUCGACAUGUAAUGGCUGGUGCUGCGGUUGGUACAGUCUUGCUACCAUCGGAGGAUUCUCAUUCAUAUUGCAAAUGCUUGAUCGUCAAAAGAUGCAGCAGCAACAUGGUCUCGAAGGAAACGCCUGUACCGGCUGCAUGGGAUCCUGCUGUUGUGCUUGCUGCGAAUUGAUGCAAACAAGCAAGGAAUUGGACUACAUUCUCCUCGAGAAGAACGCCGGUGCAAAGGGCUAUCAACCUCAGCCAGGAAUGGUUGCUGAUCCCCAGACUGGUGCUUUUAACUGAAAUUCUGAUGAGUGAAUGGUUUUUUGGGGUGUUUCUUUCGGGUCCAAUUCUUCUUUCAGCUGGUUUGGGUUAGGGACUGAUGGGUCAAAUUCUAUUCGGGAUAGAUGAGGAGUUUGUUUAUACCAUAAUUUUAUUACA